CAAAACCAGGCGGAUGAUCCCUUUGUAGUUUACUUUCAGGUCACUCCAGAGUCCAGACCUAUCACUUUCCUGAUUCUUUUUAAGAUGAUGUAAAAGGUUGCUUCCACACAAAAGGGUUGAGGCAAAUCAAUUAGGUGGCAUGACAUCAAGGUACAUUUGAUCAUAUAUCUACUCUUAUUUACACAGUUUUUGUUGCAUCGAAUCAUUAUAGGAUGUAUAGAGUUGCUUCUACGCAAAAGGGUCGCGCCAAGUCAAUUAAAUGGCAUAAUAUCGAGGUUUGGAAUUCAAGAACUGAACCAUAUACGACGGAAUAGCUUGAUGAUCUCAGAAACGCGUGGGCUAGGUUUAUUUUAGAUGAAGUUAUGAAUAUGUAUGAAUUGUGAACAUGAAGCAGACUUGAGUUGAUACAAAUUAAAUUUGUAAGAAUUGUGAUACAAAUUAAAUUUGUACUUUUGAGUUGAUUAUGUGUGAAACAAUUAUACUAUUAUUCUGGAUGUAGUACUUAGGAGACUCUGUCCGAUCGUCGCGAUUUGGGGCGGUUUCCGGUGGAAUUUUUUGAUGAAAUUUUUUGAGCAUCUUAUUCAUCAAGUCUAGUUUACUCAUAUCAAAGUCCGACUAAAAAUUUAAUCGAGAGCGCAUUCAAAUUAAUUCGAGAACGCAAAAAUGUGUAGUUAUCUUUAAGAAUUAAUUUGAAUGUGUUCCCGAUUGAAUUUUUUGGUGAAAUUUGGUAUGAGUAAACUAGACUCGGUGAAUAAGAUGCUCAAAAAAUUUCAUCAAAAAAUUCCACCGGGAACUGCCCCAAAUCGCGACGGUCGGACAAAACCUUCUAUAGAAGGACUUAAUUGACCUUUUUAUGAAAGUUCGAGAACCUAUUUGACAGUUUUCCCUAAAUCGAAAGAUGAAUGAAUUUCUAUUUAAAUAUUUAUUAUCACACUUGAUCGAUACAGAUUCCAGACCCGCCCGUCUGAUGCUCUCGUGCAAGAGAUCCGAACAUCCAAUCCAAGUUACUGACUCCGUUUGGUAAAUAGCUUUUUGUCCAAUACGGGUUAACUCAUUUGAAGUACAUCAACCCGCUAGAAAACAAACCAGCCACUAUCCAAUGAACACUGUACAAUGCAUUAGAUUGCUUUUACUAAAAGCAGCUUUUUCGUAAAGCUUUUUGAAAAAGCAAGUUUUUUUGUAAAUAUCCAAGAUUCAUUAUUGAGGACCGCAGAUGAAGAAAUAAGACCAAUGGAAUCAUAUUAAUUAAACCUCCUGUGAAGAAACUGCAGAUAGUGAGAUAUCAAAGAAAAAGAAAAUGAUAGCGGAAACCCACCUUUCGAAAAUUAACACAUACAACUUUCAAAUCGGCGGCGUGGAUGUCAAGACUCGAGUGGUCGACGACGCAAAGCUUGUGCCGGCAGCUCUGUUAGAGCUGGGCGUCGGCGGCGACGGCGGAGCACAUCCCAUCGUUGGGCUGGACGUGAAAGUAUCCUCGAAUCUGUUCGGAAGGCGUAAAAGAUGCGAUCUGUUGAUCUUAUGCACCGGAUCCAACGGCCUAAUCCUGCAAUUAAAUCCCAUGAGACGCCGAAAUAAUGCCCUUCGAACAGUCGCUGAUUUCCUGAGUUUGAAGGAUGUUUCUUUCGUGUGUCCCAAUGGAUUUAGAAAGAGCACUCGUGGUCUACCGCUGUUUGUAUACGCUAAUCACACCAUUACGACGUACGGGCGUUUCCGGAAAACAACCCGAAACGCGUCCUUUGACUGCUCGGAGAUUGGGGCCGUUGAGGUCGGUGAUUACGCCGCCAGGGCUCUGAGAAACCCCAAGCUUCUCAGGUGUGAGUCGUUCACUAAACUGGGGAAGGAAGCAGGGGUGGACCUCACUACUGGGAAUUCAGAUAAUGGAAAAUUAGCCAAACGGCGACCAAAGUGGGACGCUGAGGUUUUCUCCGACGAGGAAGUUCUCUCUGUUAUGCAUGAUGCUGCUGCCUGCUAUCGGAUUGUCCACAAGCUUCUUCAGUCUCCAUGAGUAAUGAACUUCACCAUCUUAUUUGUGAUUUGUCUUUGCCCAUCCAAUCCACCAAUUUCCAGUAAUUUGCAGUUACCUCUAAUUAGCUGGGUGCGCUACAAGUCUAAAACUGCUUCUAUUUCUUUACUACGGAGUAUUAUUAUUUGUCAUUAUUAUGUUAUUGUUAUUUUACAGCCUCAACUCUCAUUUCAUGUGCAGUUUAUAUAUGCCUGUAUUGUGGUACGUUAUGACAUUCUUAGUUUUGUUGAACUUUGUAUGAUGUUGCAAGAAAUAUUGUGGUUAUACUUUUACUAUUGUUUGUUUUUUAGUUUUACUUGUUUAGUUUAGUUUGUGAUGUACUUUUUACAUUCAUUUUGUGGGAUGUAAUUUGCGGAGUAAAUUAUAUUUCUUGUAUGCAAUUUGUCGUUGUAAGCACCAAAACAGAUGUAAGAAAGUAUUAUAGGUU